AUGACCCAGCCCAUAUACUCGGGCAGAGCUCAGGGCUGGGCCUUUCUCUGGGUAACUGCCAACUUAAUUUAUCAGAUUUAUGGAGGUGGUAUUGCUCUUCAACCUCCAGGAAGAGUAUCUGAUAGAGGUAGCGAUGGUAGGGAUAUUUUUGGAGAAGGUGGUUUGAGUCCUAGUGGAGGUCAAGGUCGAUUUGGAGGAGAUGGUUUGAGUUCUGGUGGAGGCCAAAGACGUUUUGGAGGAGGUGAUUUCAGUUCUGGUGGAGGCCAAAGGCGUUUUGGAGGAGGUUUUGUGAGUCCUGGUGGAGGUCAGGGGGGUUUUGGAGGUGGAAGAUUCGUAGAUAGACCACAAGGAAUAGGGAGGCAAAAAGGAGGAUUGUCAGGAACGCAAGGAGGAUUCCGAGAUAGAGGUAUUGGAGGACAAGGAGGUUUGAGGGGGAGACUACAAGACAGAUUAGAUGACAGACGCUCGCAAGGUGGUUUCGGAGAUGGGAGACAACAAGGAGUCAGAGAAAGAUUACAAGGAAGAUUCGAUGAUAUAAGACCCCAAGGUAGUUUGGGGGGUAGAAGACAACAAGGAGGUUUAAGGGAAAGACUACAAGCAGGUCGAAAUGACAAAGGGCAACAAGGUGGUUUCGGAGGUGGAAGACAAAGUUUGAGGGAAAGGUUACAAGAAGGGCGAGAUGACAGAGGAUCGCAAGGUGGUUUUGGGGGUGGAAGACAAAGUUUGAGGGAAAGGUUACAAGAAGGGCGAGAUGGCAGAAGAUCGCAAGGUGGUUUUGGGGGUGGAAGACAACCAGGAGAGUGGGAAAGGCUACAAAGAGGGCGAGAUGGUAGAGGAUCUCAAGGGGGUUUCUUGGGUAGUAGACAACCAGGAGGUUUCAGAGAAAGGUUACAAGAAGGCAGAAGACUGGAAGGUGGUUCAGAGGAUCGAAGAGGCAAAAUAAAAACCUCAGGUCCCCAGCAGUCAGUGGGCCAAGAGCCACGCGGCAUACAGACUAUUCAACAGUUCAGAGGAAGUAGCCCCAAUUUUGGUGGAGGAAAUUUGAGAGGCGGCAUGAUGAUGAUGAUGACACACGAUCAACAGGUUCAGAUGACCCUGACAGCAGUGAGAGAUGGAAACAUUCCAGCUGAUCUUAAAUCACGGAUUCAAAAUGCUUGCCAAGAUAUGAGGAGCCGAGGCCUUUUUCAAGGUCAAGAUAGAAUUACUUGGAGAAAUUGUUGCGACGGUUUCCUAGAUCAGCCUGGGAACAUGGAUGAUGCUAUGAACAUUGUCAUGGCUAAUGGUGGGGAUUGA